AAUCCGGGGUUCCCAGAGAAGGGAUGUGACGUCAUCCACGCCAGUAGAUGAAAUGCUUAUUGUCACAUUCCAUCCAUCCAUCCAUUUAGUACCGCUUAUUCCCUUAGGGGUCGCGGGGGGCGCUGGAGCCUAUCUCAGCUACAAUCGGGCGGAAGGCGGGGUACACCCCGGACAAGUCGCCAUCUCAUCGCAGGGCCAACACAGAUAGACAGACAACAUUCACACACUAGGUACCAGUUAGUGCUGUCAAUCAAUCUAUCCCCAGGUGCAUGUCUUUGGAGGUGGGAGGAGCCUAUCCCCAGGUGCAUGUGUUUGGAGGUGGGAGGAAGCCGGAGUUGAACCCACGCAGUCGCGGAGAGAACAUGCAAACUCCACACAGAAAGAUCCCGAGGCCGGGAUUGAACCCAAUACUACUCAGGACCUUCGUGUUGUGAGGCAGACACACUAACCCCUGCGCCACCGCGCUGCCUAUUGUCACAUUGUGAGUUGAUAAAAACACUAAGUGAUCCAUCUUGGACUACAGCGCAUGUGCAGACGCGCUCAUGUCCCAGGAAGGCGGGGGUGCGCCUCCCCCUCGCCGCUGCCGCCAAUGGUACACUCCGUGGCGGAUGAGUGCAGCUGAGUGGCGGGCUGCCGGCGGACAGUCUUCUCCGCUCCUCCGCAGCAUCUCCGCACGCCGGCGGAACCUUUGCUCGCCAUGAGAUCCACUUUGGCCGGACUCGUCAAGAUGAGCACCAUUUGUCGGAUGCUACUGGCCACGUGUUUGGGAUCCUUUCUUCUCGUCGUCUUUUAUUUCCAAAGUAUGUUCCAACCAGCCUCAGUCCUGCGCAGGAACCCCUUUGAGGUGGAGGAGUGCUGUGGGAAAGAAGUGCGCAACACCCUGCAGGAGCUCUACGCCCCCUCUCAGCCCGAGCAAUCGGGAACGGCCGUCCUCCACCAGAUCAGACGGGACCGAGUAGCGGACACGUGCCGGGCCUUUAGCGCAUCGAGCCGUAAGCGCAGGGUCCUUACGGCGGGAGACCUCAGACAUCUGGUGGUGGAUGAAGACCAUGAGCUCAUCUACUGCUACGUGCCCAAAGUGGCCUGCACCAACUGGAAACGGGUCAUGAUGGUGCUCACUGGCCGGGGAAAGUACAGCGACCCAAUGAAGAUCCCGUCCAGUGAAGCCCAUAUCCCGUCCAACCUCAAGACUCUGAACCAGUACAGCAUCGCCGAAAUCAACCACCGCCUGAAGAACUACCUGAAGUUCAUGUUCGUCCGGGAGCCCUUCGAGAGGCUGGUGUCGGCGUACCGCAACAAGUUCACCCUCAAGUACAACACGUCCUUUCACAAGCGCUUCGGCACCCGCAUCGUGCGGCGCUACCGCAAGAACGCCACGCAGGACGCCCUGCUCGGCGGCUCCGACGUCACAUUCAAGGAGUUUGCCGAGUACCUGACGGACCCGGUUACUCUGCGCGACGGCCCGCUCAACGAGCACUGGCAGACCGUCUACCAGUUGUGCCACCCGUGUCACAUCCACUACGACCUGGUGGGCAAGUACGAGACUCUGGAGGAGGACGCCAACUACGUCCUGCGGCUGGCGGGCGUCGGCGACUCCUUGCGCUUCCCCAGCUACGCCAAGUCCACCCGCACCACCGACGCCAUGACGGCGCAGUUUUUCAGCAACAUCAGCACUCGGCAGCAGGUUGAACUCCACGAGCUUUACAAGCUGGACUUCCUCAUGUUCAACUACUCCAAUCCUGGCUACCUCCGGCUCGACUGAUCCAAGGCCCCAGCUGGGACUCUUACAGGUUGGAGCCGCGGUCCGACUUUGGCGUCCAAUCACAUGCUGGGAGAAUGUGCGCUGCUUAGUAGGGGAAUGUUGAAGCCGGUCUUCUCCCUGGUCCCUUCCGACUCAUUAGGAUGCUUGGCCUUGUGGAUCAGUCGAGGAACAUGCUAGAAACAUCUCAUCCAGCCGCCUGCGGCUUGGUGUCCCGGUGACGCCUUAACGUGGCGGCAUUUUCAAGACACUGGAGCUCCUGGACUACGGACCACAUCCAACGAGAACCUUCUUUGUGCUUUUUCUAAUUUGUUGUCUUCUGAACUUGCUGCCAGACAGCAGGGAUUAUUUAAACUGCUUGGUGUUUACUUAAGUCGUUGACUUUAUCCUGGCAGGAAAAUCCUGUAAAGUUUGUACAAUUUGUCCUAACCAUUCCCACCAGCACGUCCCGAACAGAAAGUGCUCAAAUGUCUCGAAUGGAAUACUUCCCCUGGAACCGAGUACACUAGACCCAAGUGUACUCGGUUCCUGGGUGCAUCUUCUUCCUCUCGUUUGGAUCAACUCACAUCGUUAGCUAUGGCUUGCUACUCAGGCUUAGCCCCGCCCCCUUUUUGAUACAUAGCCAAGACGGUGGCCAUUUGGGAUUUUUCCUAUUCAAUAAAGAACUGUCCGGAGAACGCUAAA